GCAUAGACACUAUCCUGACAUCAAAUGUACCUAUCCAGAAUCCCCAGCAUGAGAGAGCACACACAUCUCAACACAGACAGCAUGGACCUCCACACGAACAGCACAAUUCUGAUAAACAGCGCGAGCACUUCGACCACAAGUUCCACCGAUGCUUCGAAGCUCCGAGGUGUUGCUUUGGGAUUCGAGCUCCUCAUCUGCGUCAUCGGGGUUGUUUCUUGUUGCAUCGGCCACUACUGCCUGAAGAAAUGCAAUCAGAUUCAAUGCGGGAUGAAGAUUCAGCUCCAGAUAUUAUUCACCACGGAUUUCCUGGUCUGCCUCUUCGCCUUGCCCGGUCAUGCAGCGAUUGAGUACCGGAUAUUAAGUGACGUGCACGAUGACAAGACGUCAGUGACAGUUUUCACGACCCUGUACACCAUGGCUACAGAGAUUGAGCGAGCUACGGUCAUGUUAAUAGCUAUCUAUAGGAUGAUGGCGGUGUGUUUCCCCCUCAAGUAUAGGUACUGGUCUCAAAAGAAAGUGGUGUUACUGGUAAAUCUAAUUGCCUGUUUGCCGGUAGUUCUGCUGCGGACAAUAAGUCACUUUACAAAGACUGACUCAAGCAUUGAAGCAUUCGACCCUAACAACUAUUCCAUUGAUACUUUUAUGCUCUUUGCAUUCAUAUCGGCGCCAACGGCCAUUACAUUGAUCGUCUACCUUGUCAUGGCUUUGUAUAUGCUGUCCAAGAAGGGAUCUAUUUCACCGAGUGAGAGUUGGGAAAGGUCUGUAAGAAUCUUCAUUUUGACGAACACUCUCUUUGAAGUUCCAGACAUAGUCAUGCACGCAGUGAAAUCUACAACGAAAGAUGUUUCCUAUAUUUUCAUCCACGUGAUGUACCGAAUUCACUUUGCCCUCGAUCCCAUUCUCUUCGUGGGCCUCAAUGCCAGAUACCGCCAGAUGGUGUUUAAGUGCUGGUCCUCGUGUCUUUCUGGACGAGAGGUCGUCAGUGCCACCCGCGAGCAGGACCUCGAGUACAGACAGGGCGAGGAGCACCCACAAGUCGAGAGCAAGUGCUAGAAAAACGUCCAGACGAGGGAAUAUAAAUGUUUUUCAGCCAUUUUUUCUGGUCAUGAUUUUACCCUGAU